GGGAUGUUUAACUUUGUUCUGUAGUGAAUUAGGUUUAUAUUCAGUGGUUUUAGUUUUACUAAUAAUUUUAUACAGCAAAAUGGAUCCUUUAUUUAAUAUUACAGAUGCGUCAAAUUGGACCAGCGGCUCCAACGUCACCAAUAACGGGACCGUGUACUGGAACCAGUUUGUGCAGCCAGUCUGGAGAAUUGUUCUCUGGGCCAUUGCGUACAGUUGUAUAGUUAUCGUGUCCGUGGUAGGCAAUGUGACAGUGAUCUGGAUUAUCAUGGCGCACAAACGCAUGAGGACCGUCACCAAUUAUUUCUUGCUCAACCUGGCGUUCGCAGAAGCCUCCAUGUCCGCCUUCAACACGGUCAUCAACUUUACCUACGCCGUCCAUAACGAGUGGUACUUCGGACUGGUGUACUGCCGAUUCCACAACUUCUUUCCGAUCGCGGCUGUGUUCGCCAGCAUCUACUCAAUGACUGCCAUCGCUCUGGACAGGUACAUGGCCAUCAUCCACCCUCUGCAGCAGCGCAUGUCGUCCACAGAGACCAAGGUGGUGGUGGGAGUGAUCUGGGUGCUGGCUCUGCUUCUGGCCUUCCCUCAGUACUACUACUCCAACACGGACCAGCUCCCCGGCCGGGUGGUGUGCUACAUCGACUGGCCCGAAUUCAAUGUGUGUGACUUCAAAAAGAUGUAUUAUGUAUGUGUGGCCAUCCUGAUCUAUUUCCUUCCCCUGCUGGUGAUGGGCUGGGCCUAUCUGGUGGUGGGACAGACCCUCUGGGCCAGUGAAAUUCCCGGAGACUCUUCUGACCGCUACAAGGAGCAGCUGACUGCCAAACGCAAGGUGGUGAAGAUGAUGAUCGUGGUAGUGUGUACGUUUGCCAUCUGCUGGCUGCCCUACCACGUCUACUUUCUGCUGCACCAGUUCUUUCCUGACAUGUUUGAAGAAAGGUUUAUCCAGCAGGUGUACCUGGCCAUAAUGUGGCUGGCUAUGAGCUCCACCAUGUACAAUCCCAUUAUCUACUGCUGCCUCAAUGACAGGUUUCGUGCUGGAUUUAAACAAGCCUUCCGCUUCUGUCCCUGCAUCCCUCGAGGCUCUUACGAAGGCCUGGAACUCAAAUCUACUCGUUACCUUCAGACCCAGACAAGCGUUUACAAGGCCAGCCGCAUGGAGACCACCGUGUCCACUGUUCUCCAGGUUGGAGACGACAUGGAGCAGCCCAAGGCCAAGGCAGCAGCAGGUCAACGGCCCAGUGGGGCUGCAGCUGGGGCCAGACCACAUAGCUCCUCCUUGGACCUCACCUCAAACGGGUCAUCGUCCCGCAGCGUCUCCAAAACAAUAUCAGAGACAUCCAGUUUCUACUCCAGUAACAACCUGCAGGAAUAG